AUGGAAAACAGUAGUACAGGUGAAUUCUCGAUUACAGUUGAAAGGAAUCCGCUUUUUAACUUAAUGUGGUCUCAGAAUUUUGCUGCACUUGCAACUGCUGCAUCUCCAACAAACACGAUUGUGCAGCCAUUUUUAAGUCAAUCAUCAGCUGCAUUUCAUCAGUCUUUUUUGCAGUCACUUGUUCAUUCAGCUGCUACUCCUUUUCCUCAGCAAAGUUCUUCAUCCACGAAUAAUUUUUGUAUAAUCAGCAACAAUAGUCGGUCAUCGUCUGAGCAAGAAAAUGAACGAUAUAAUAAUAAUUCAUCACCAAGCCGAUAUAAUGGAUUGAAACGUAGACGUGUUUCAACACCGAAUCAACCAUCUGUACCAGUUUCUCCAAAUUUUGUUGCAACGAAUAGUGUGGUUAAGCUGAAUUCUUCUGUUGCAGGUUGGAAAUUGCAUUAA